AUGGUCCGUCGAGAGAGAGACGAGGAAGAAGAGACGCAGGAUCUGGCCAGUGUCUUAGAAGCUCUCGACAAAGAGUUCACCGAGAAGGAGCGACUCUCUUAUGGACGCGAAUGGUGUGUGCCCGUGCCCGUCGACAGGAAGGUGAAGACGGUUCAGGCCUUUUACAAGGCGUUUCACGAGACGAGGACAUUGCCAAUUCUUAUCUGCAUGUUUUGCUAUCGCAAAUACAGCAGGGCAGAGCUGGAGGACGUUGAAUGGGGCUGUUGGGCGGCAGCAAAUGUUGCCGAAAAGCGCAAGGGGUCGUCCUUCGAGUGCGGCUGGUGCUUCCCGGUUGGGGAGAGCAUUCGCGGGUGUGCAGAUUGCGUGAGACGCCUAAGGCGUGGCGCUUUGUCGUCGGCCGCGCAGCUGCACGGGCGGUUGGGCUGCGAGCACAUGUUUCCUGACGAGCUCAAGGGUCUGACGCUGGUGGAGGAGAAGCUCAUCGCACUGAACGCGUGUUACGGCUUCAUUACCAAGUACAGCGUCGUGGAGGGCCAUCGGCAAAGUACAAGGUACCCCAGGCACAUCAAGGGACACAUCACCGUAUUCCCUAAUAAUGUGGAGGAGCUUGCCACGCGAGUGCUUCCACACCCGCUCCUCAGGGUCAUGGAUGAUAUUCAUGUGUCGUGGCAUGGGUCGACGAAACCGGCACCGAGCGACCUGUCAGCACUGCUGUCGGUGCGCCGCCGAGUUGUGGAAAAGGCGUUGCUGUGGCUGAAGACGCAUAAUCCUCUGUAUGCUGACAUCUCCAUCGACACAGCGGAGCUAGACAGCUGGGACACGCCCUCGCAUGGGGUGCUUUCCCAAGUCUACGAGCGUUUGGAACGGAACGAGCCCUCGGUAGGCGAGAAGACACGAACAGCGCAAGUUGUCCCGCCGACGGAGCGCGGACUUGAACGUGAAGAGAACGUGGAUAUCCGAGAAGUCCUGGAAAUGCUCAACGGCGGACGAGAUACAGAGGUCAGGGGCACGGACGGUGUGGAGGGUGAUGGCGAGAGAGAUGCUAACGGCGUAGCUGCCGCUCCGGUCCACGAGCUGCGGUAUGUCUGCGGCGCCCUCCGGCCGUACGAUAACGGUGGCGAAAAUCGGAGCGGACGGUGGGCAGGGUCAGUCGAGGUGCAGAGCAGAGGUGGCUCCGCUUCCGAGCCGUACAUCCUGGUGUCCCGUGGCGAAGAGUUUGCCGAUCCCUUCGAUGCACGAUACUUUGCAAAGGUCUUCCCGACGCUCUUUCCAGUUGGCAGCGGGGGACCCCGCCAGGCGGAGGAGAGUGCCGCAGACGCGGAUCUGGGUGCGGAUGAGGGCGUUGACGCAGAGGCCACGGCGAGGGCCCUCGUCUCGUCGCGGAACAUGACGCUGGAGACGUGGGCUAGAGUGGUGCUCCAGCGGCACGGCGGCCGGUUUGCCACGCAUCACGUCUUCUCGUUUCUCGUCUUCAACAUGGGAGUGAGGUCGAGAAAUCGCCGGGUCAGCCUGUUGAGUGUGACCAGGAAGAAUUUCCCAGAGGUGGAACGUAUCGUACGGUCGUUGAGCGUGGAGAGGCUGGAAGCCGCCAAGGUCGAGUUGGAGGCGACCGGCAAGACCGGCGACGAGGCCGUGUACCAGCUGUUGAAGUGCCUGUCGCUCUACGGGUUCCGCCAGCCGAUGUCGAGGGAGAGCCGGCUGAGCUCGCGGCGGAAGAUGAAGUCCUUGCUCAUCCGAGAAGGUACACCCGCGAUCUGGAUCACGCUGAACCCGAACGACAUUACCAACCCGGUGAAGCUCAGGCUCGCUGCAUACAGGACGCGAGAUCCGGAUGAGGCGGAGUCAUUCCUGUCGAGCCUCGACUUGGCAUAUAAGCGGACACGGCUCGCUAUCUCCGACCCCCUCAGCUCGGCAAUCUUCUUCCAUCGGGAGGUAUCCAUGUUCUUCGAGCACUACGUGAAGACGGGGGACGAGUCCGUAUUCGGGCGUGUCAGCAGGUACUUCGGCGCCGUAGAGACAAACGAGCGUGGCGCUCUCCACAUGCACGGGCUGCUCUGGCUGCAGGGAAACAUGCAUCUCGGCAGCGUCCUUGGGGAUGUUACGGGUGAGGACGCGACGGAGUACCGGGAGAGGGUCGUCCAGUACGUCGACAGCGUCUUCGACGAGGACCUCGACCAGGAGGCCUUCGCGGCGGUGCAGGCGGAGAGGUCUGUGACGUCAGACAUAUCGUCGCUGCUGCAAAAUAGUCAGCAAUUCUCGGCAGCAUUCGAUGAGGAGGCCAACUUUUGCGCCGGCGCCACCCAGAUCCACACCCACAGCCCUACGUGCGUGAAAUACUCCAUCAGGGGGCAAGGGAAGCGUCGGGACCCCUGCCGGUUCAAGGCGCCGUGGAAGGUGGUGGAGAGGACCGCGUUUACGGACGGCGGCGUUCUGCAGAUCCGGCGCAGUCACAGCAUGGUGAACCGAUGGAACAGGGCCAUGGCGGUCGGGCUGCGGCACAACCACGACAUCUCUUUCAUCGCGACGCAAUGCAAGACUAUGGCCAUUGUGUUCUACGUGACCAACUAUGCGACGAAGGUUGAGGAUCCGGUGUGGAAGAGGGUCGCGGCGGCGGCGGAGCUGUUCCCGACCCUGGACGAGUCGAUGGGCGAGGAGCAGGCAAACAGCGCGGAUCAGGGACAGAACAGGACGCGACGAUUCCUGAUGAGGGUCGCGAAUCGCAUCUUUACGGAUCGGGCGUUGUCGCAGGUGGAAGUAGUCGCGCAUCUCUUGGGCUACCCUACGGAGUUUGCGAGCAACCAGGGCUGGGCGUUUCUGAACGCGUCUUCGCUGUACUGGCAAAUCUUCCGGCGGUGGGACCACCUGCGACGCGAGAGCGGGUUGGAGGCGGCGGAUGAGGCGGUCGAAGAAACGGCAUUGCGGAGACCCGGCGAACAUGCUGUCGUCUGCUUCGAUGGGUAUCUUAGCGGAGACUUUAGCGAGGAGAGCGAGACGUAUUACAAGAGGGCGGCGGUUCAGCAUCUCGCCGUAUUCGUGCCGUGGCAGUCCUUCCUAUGCGAGACUGCGGGAGAUAUCAAUGCCCUCUGGGAGAGGCAGAGGCAGUGCCUGUCUCGGCGGAUGGCCUUCUUCGCGGACAACAUCCAACUCCUUCGUCGGUCGGCCGAAGACGCGAAACGCGAUGCCAAGCAAUGGGCCGCCCAGUCUGGGGAUGGCGAUCCAAGCUCUGAAGCGACGGGUGCUGGUCUGGUCGAUACUGAUGAGCGGGCGGCCUCGGAGUUCCGGUCAGAUGGCGUUGUUAUUGCGACACGGCUCAUCGUCGUUUUGAGGGCGACGAUGGGCGCUGAACAGAUCACGGUCGGCUCGCGGGAGAUCUUCACGAUGGUGCAACAGUUGAGCCGAUUCGAACAAUCGGUGCUCCGGCCGAUGGACGAGUUGACUGCGGCGGUAGCGAACGUGGCCGAUGAAGCGUUUGCGGCCGCGGACGUGCCGGCGCAGGCACAGAUAAGGUCCAUCAAGUCGCAGCAGAAGUGCGUCUCGAGGGAGAAAGAAAAGAUGAUUCAAGGGAUACAGAAUCGACCGGAUAACGCCACAUCCGGCCACGGUUCAGCAGUCGGUAGCGUGCAGGAGGCCUCAUCCGUUCAGGGCUCCCGGGCCUCAGUAAGUGUCCGCUUCGGGCCUUCGACGUCGUUCUCGGAGGCGGGGAGGAGGCUGGUCAGCCUGUUCACGCUCAACCGCAGGCAGAGCAUCGCCCUGCGACUGAUAUGCCGGCAACUCGACAGGAUACGAGACGACGAAAAUGGAACACCCCAACUCUGCCAAUUUGUCGGCGGCGAAGGGGGCACCGGAAAGUCGCGGGUCAUCGAUGCCAUCGCCGAGUUGUUCGCGAGCAAGGGAAUAUCGCACCGUCUGCUGGUAACCGCAACAUCUGGGACGGCUGCCGCGAAGAUCAACGGGAUCACCAUCCAUUCCGCGUGCGGGUUCUCCAAGGACGCGAAUGCCCGGGGAGCUCUGCGGUCGGACGUGGAUGGUUUCGCACCGGCCGCCCGGGCGGGCCUCCGCAUCGACGGGCAGGCCACGGCAGAGUGGCGGGAGAAAUGGGCCCUGAUUAUCGACGAGGUCAGCAUGUUGGGGGCGAGGACAUUGCAUGACGUAGACGAACGGCUCCGCCAGUUCCGGGGAUCCCGUCGUGACUUCGGCGGCAUCCCUAUUGUUCUCUUCAGCGGGGAUUUCCAUCAGUUCCGUCCGGUGCAAGAAAGAUCGAUCCUCCUCCCGAGCACGGUCAUCACGUGGGACGAAGAACGAUCGUUCACAGCCGAGCAGAGGUACCAGCACGACAGAGCCCACGCAUUGUCGAACAGGUUCACGACGGUGGUGAUGCUGAACGAGCAGGUCCGCGCAGCCGGCGAUCCAAAGCUGCAGCGGCUCUUGACGCGAGUGCGGGAAGGUGUGCAGGAUCAGUCGGACCUGGACUUGCUCAACAGCUCGUGCUAUCUCGAGGAUAGGCGCAUCCCGUGGGAGUCGGGUAUCACGGUGGUGACACCGCUCAACAGAAACCGGUGGAACCUGAACGUCGAGGCGGCCCUCUGUUUCCAAAAGCAGCGAAAGGAGCACCUGCGAAUCUUCAUAUCCGAGCACAGAUGGAAAGGCGGCAAGCCGACAGAGGAGGAGGCCGUUAUGAUGCUUGGCCAUGGCGAUGACAGCAGCAUACCGGUACCUGCCGUCUUCCUCUUUGUCCCUGGCAUGCCCAUCGUUGUGAACCAGAAUACCCACAUGGGUUUGAAGCUGGUUAAUGGAGCAAAUUACGCGGCCGUGGAUGUAAUCCUCGACCGGGCGCACCCGGGCUACCGCGUCGACGCCACAACGACCCUCCACUUUGGCCCGCCGGCGGGAAUCGUACUGGCGUCGGGAACGACAAACGACCUCCACUUCGUCGGCAUGCCGGCUGGCACCAUCCUGCUGACCCCGAUCAGUACCAAGAUAGAGUGCCAGAGGAAGCGGCCGUGGCAAAAGAACGACGUAAGCCGGCGAGGGCUGCCAUGCGCCGCGGCGUUCGCCUGCACCGACUACAAGGUCCAGAGCAAGACGUUGGACCAAGUCGCGCUCGAACUGCGGGGAACUAGGACGAUGAGGGUGGACAGUCGGGCCGUCCCGACGCAGUGUGACCCGUACAGCCUGUAUGUGCAGCUGUCUAGGUGCAAGUCGCUGGAUGGGAUCAUACUCCUCUCGAAGGUCUGA